GCCAACUCUCUGUUGGGGGCCUUGAGGGAAACAAUGUUUCAUGCUCAGGGAACUUGUAGUGUGCUUGUGGUUACUUGUGGAGAGAUUUCAGAAGAUAAACGUGGUAAGGAGACCCCGGAGGAUAAGCUGAGGUACCCGUUCCCGGAGUUGGUAUCAUCAGGUCGUUUGGAGGUUCAAACUCUGACUAACCCGAGUGAAGAGGAGUUUUGUAAAUUGCUUGAAUCGUAUAAGCCGAAUCUUGUUUACUUGCAAGGAGAGCAGCUUGAGAAUGAUGAAGUUGGUCCUCUUGUGUGGAGAGAUGCCUACUUGUCAACUGCUGAAUCUAUGUCUGACAUCUUUGAUGCUACAUUGCCUACAACUGUUUAUUUGGAGGUUCCAAAUGGAGAAGAAUUGGCAGUGGCACUUCAAUCAAAGGGAAUUCCUUACGUGAUAUAUUGGAAAGAUGCAAUUUCUACUUAUGCUGCUUGCCACUUUCGACAUGCUUUACUUUCAGUAGUACAAAGUUCAUCAACUCAUACGUGGGAUGCUUUCCAACUCGCGCAUGCUUCCUUUAGGCUUUACUGUGUUCAAAACGACCAUGUUGUUCGUGUGAACUUAGAUAAACCCAGUGCUGAGCUGGGCCCAUGCAUUCUCGGUGAGCAUUUGAAAAUCAGUGUCGACCCCCCUGAAGCAGAUAUGGAGGAAGACGAAGAAGGUGCUACGGGUUCCCUUCCAGCUAUAAAGAUACACGAUGAUGAUGUGAGCUUGAGAUUUCUUGUUUGUGGGCAGCCCUCCACAUUGGAUGCAGGCAUAUUAGAACCGUUGGAGGAUGGUCUCAAUGCCCUUUUAAACAUAGAAAUGCGUGGAAGCAAGCUCCAUGGCAAGUUUAGUGCUCCUCCGCCACCUCUUCAGGCUGGCACAUUUUCUCGCGGUGUUGUGACUAUGCGGUGUGAUAUAUCAACUUGUAGUUCUGCUCACAUAUCACUUCUUGUCUCGGGUAGCGCACAAACUUGCUUCGAUGAUCAGCUCUUGGAGAAUCAUAUAAAGCAUGAGGUCAUUGAAAUAAAUCAACUAGUACAUGCGGUCCCCAACAAUGACAGAAACAAAUUACCUUUAGUGGAACCACGAAAAUCUGCCGCAAUUGCCUGUGGAGCUACCGUAUUUGAAGUUAGCAUGAAGGUUCCUGUAUGGGCUUCACAGGUUUUGAGGCAGCUUGCACCUGAUGUUUCGUAUCGUAGUUUAGUUUCACUUGGAAUCGCCAGCAUUCAGGGGUUACCUGUUGCUUCUUUUGAGAAAGAUGAUGCUGACCGCCUUCUUUUCUUCUGUUCAAGUCGAACGAAAGAUAGUCAGUUAAAUGACUUAUUUCUUAGCACCCCUCCUGCUUGGUUGAGACCACCUGCUCCUAGUAAGAAGAGAUCUCGCCUGUGCCAAGAGGCAAUACCAGGCUUUCGUAAUAGGCAGGGGCUUCCAAAUCUUGCUGCUUCUAAAGUAGAAGAGAAUGAGAAAGCACUUGGAGCAGUGAAUGGAUUUAGCACACCCUUACUCCCAGCCAGACAAAGAUUAAAAACAGCAGCCAUGCGGCCCAUUCCUCAUGUUCGUCGUCCUAAAAUGACACCAUUUUCUGGAAUUUCUGAGGUUAAUGGGCAUGAUGGCAGCCAGGUGGUGAAGGCUCAUCUGCCUCCUGUUCCACCCACAAAGCUCAAUAUUGUUGGAUUGACUCCUACUACGCAACGAAAGUCAUACUCCAGCUCAUCUCAGGCAAAGCAGAUUAUUUCCUUGAAUCCUCUUCCUUUAAAGAAGCAUGGUUGUGGUCGAGGCCCAAUACAUUCUUGCUUAGAGGAGGAGUUUUUGAAGGAUGUAAUGCAGUUUCUAAUUCUCCGUGGACAUAGUCGACUCAUUCCACAGGGUGGACUGACUGAGUUUCCGGAUGCCAUUCUGAAUGGAAAGCGUCUUGACCUCUACAACUUGUAUAAAGAGGUGGUUACCAGAGGAGGCUUUCAUGUUGGAAAUGGGAUCAACUGGAAAGGACAGAUCUUCUCGAAGAUGCGUAACUACACAAUGACCAAUAGAAUGACUGGUGUUGGAAAUACACUUAAAAGACAUUACGAAACCUACCUUCUUGAAUAUGAGUUGGCUCAUGAUGAUGUAGAUGGAGAGUGUUGCUUAUUGUGUCACAGUAGCGCAGCAGGGGAUUGGGUAAACUGCGGAAUAUGUGGUGAGUGGGCCCACUUUGGCUGUGACAGAAGGCAGGGUCUCGGUGCCUUUAAGGAUUAUGCAAAAACAGAUGGGCUGGAAUACAUUUGUCCACAUUGCAGUAUUAGCAACUUCAAGAAGAAACCGCAGAAAGUCACAAAUGGAUUUCCCCAAGGCUCAACACUAUCACGGCCACUGUAAUUCAGUUUUGCUCCAUUAUAAUGAUAACAUAUUCUUUUGCAUUUGGCUCUCUGAUUCGAAGGUUGCUUCCCUCCUGUCCGCCAUGAGAUUUAUAAUUUGUUCGGGAUUGGGAUUUGCAUGUAUUCAUUAGGCCUCAGUUGCUACGUUCAUUAGGCCUCAAAUGCAGUGAUGGUAAAGUAAAAGAUAGGAGACCGAAGAUGGGGGGAGGGACAAAUUUAGAAAACAGCAAGUGUAGUAGAGCUCAUACUAGUUAAGUAGUUAGUGUAGACAUUUUAUUACGGGAGGGAAAUCUGUCCUCAUUGCCUUUUUUUGUUUUCGUUGUUGCUUUUCCUUUGGGGAGAGGGGGUUUGUGGUUGAUAGUUGAUAAAUCCCAUGAUUCAGAGGGUCGUUGUAAUAUAAAUCCGAGUAUCUCUAUGUUAUGUUAACAUAUGACUGAUGUAGUGUAAUGAAAGAUUAAUGAUUAUGAUUAUACCAG